GUUUGGGCCGAGUCUUACGCAGUCGGGUGUGGACGAACCUUUUGCAGCAGCCUUGUUAAUUAUUUUCCAAAUACGUACAUAAUAACCUGCAACUAUGGUCCAGGUGGAAAUAUUGUUGGGCAGGAUGUUUAUCUUCCUGGUCCAAGCUGUACUGAAUGUUCAUCAGGCAUCGGGGAAUGCUUCAAUAAUCUUUGCAGACCCUGUUCGGACCAUUCUGAGCCAUGUGAAUGUAGGGCUGAGUGUCAUAACUGUGGGACAAUGAACAGCGACUGCUCAUGCACUUGCAGAGAUGGAUGGCGAGGACCUAACUGUGCUCGAGAAUGUGAAAACACCGACAUCCGAUGCGGCAAUGGAUGGCCAACAUCAUGGUGCGGUGACAGUCAGUUUCCAUUUGUUGAUGCAGCUUGUCAUCUCCUAUGUGGCUAUUGCAAUCCAGCUGAUCCGGAUUUCAUAUGUUCACCAACCACGACCCCCUCAACCACCACACAACUCCCGCAAACAACUCCAGAGGUUACCCAAGCUCCCGCAACCACCACACAACUCCCGCAAACAACUCCAGAGGUUACCCAAGCUCCCACAACCACCACACAACUCCCGCAAACAACUCCAGAGGUUACCCAAGCUCCCACAACCACCACACCUACUACACAAACAGCAACUGCUGCUGCACAAUCGCCCAUGACAACACGCAUGCCCAUAACAGAAGCACCUUCGACACCUAGUACUGUCGCCACAACGACGGAACCGCCAUGCACGUUGACUUGUCUGAAUGGCGGGAGACUGGAUUCACGCCAGUGUAUAUGCAACUGCCUUUCACAAUACCAGGGAAGCCGGUGCCAAAAUUUAAAGACUCAAGUCCGGUAUGGGGUAGAACUCACCAUUGGUGCAGAUAUAAGCAUUUUCCCACGAAUUCGCGAUCUGCUUUUUGCGUUAGUCAGCCGACUGGUCACAGGCGUCUGUAAUGGCGAUAUCUUCUACCCCCUUUGUUGCCCAGGAGGUACCGGAAAAGAUACUGACCUGACAUUGAAUUAUGUCGACAGUAGCCACGUGUCCGUAGCAGAUGGCUACCCCGAAGAGCGCCCUCAAUACGACCCAAUAGAAGCCUUCGCGGUCAUGCUGCUCAUAACGCCCCCAACACCAAGUGAUCUUUGCAUGGAGAACUGGGCACUUGGUCGAAAAAGAAGAGAUGCCCAAUUGCAUGUGAUACCAAGAGACAAAAGGCAGACAGACUCUUCUUCGGAGGGUUACUUGAGCCAAGGAGCGCUGUAUGAAGCAGUCUCUGCUAACAUCGACACCAUUGCAAGAGAAGUCAAUGUGACGGUCUUGGAGGUGACCAGGGGUGCCGUCGAGGAAGGUGAAGUUCUGUUAGAGCUCCAAUACGUUCUCAUCAUCAUCAUUGCCAUCAUCGUAGCCCUGGCCAUCGUCCUAGCAAUCAUCACCAUUUGCUGGGGAAGGUAA